AUGGCGCCCCUGACCUUCGUGACGGGAAAUCCCAACAAGGUGAUUGAAGUAAAUGCAAUUAUAGGCAAUGCAAUCUCCAUUCAGCCCCUUGCACUUGACAUCCCUGAGAUCCAGGGGACAUUGACAGAGAUUGCGAGCGAUAAAUGCCGACGUGCUGCUCAUAUUAUCAAUGGACCUGUCUUAGUUGAAGACUCGGCCUUGGAAUUCCGGGCUAUGAAAGGACUACCUGGUCCUUACAUUAAAUAUUUUCUUGAGUCACUGGGAAAUGACGGGCUAAACAAGUUGUUGGAUCCCUAUGAGGACAAGCAUGCAGAAGCUGUAUGCACAUUUGCAUUUUCAUCGGGGCCGGAUAUGGAUCCUUUGGUAUUCCAAGGAAGAUUAGACGGCAAAAUCGUACCUGCGCGAGGUCCACCUAUAUUUGGCUGGGAACCCAUUUUCGAACAUAACGGAGAGACUCUCGCUGAAAUGGAACAUGACAAAAAGAACAAAUUGUCUCAUCGGUACAAAGCGCUGGUUAAAUUCCAGGAGUGGCUUAGCCAAACGAAAUUCGCGUUAUGA